GUGAGCGCUACAGAGAGAGAGAGAGAGAGAGAGAGAGAGAGAGAGAGAGGGAACAGUCUCCGUUGUCUAAGAGGUUGAAGGAUCAAUAGAGAGGCUUGUUGUGGCGGUUGUGAUUCUGUUCCGUCUGUGUGUCGGAGCUGCAUGGUGUUAGAAGGAGGAAUCCUAGUUCCCACAGACCUAUUCCAGCAUGCUCACAGACCCUGAGCUACCUCAGGAGUUUAACAGGAUGUCUUCCAAGCGACCAAUCUCUCCAUAUGGGGGGACAGAUGGAGAAGUAGUCAUGGCAACCAGCAGACAGAGACUGGAAGAGGAAGAGAGAGAUGAUGGACAGGCUGUCAUGCACCUCCCCCUGACUCCCUACUGCAGCAAGGUGUCCCCCCUCUCUCCCCGCCCCCUGGAGCCCCCUACCCUGCACAGUGCCAUGGACCAGGAUGGCAGUAAGCAUUGGUCUCUGAGUCCCUACCCCCAGAACAACUCCUCUACCUCUCCAGGCAGUAAGCAGCAGGUGGAGGAGGGGGGUUCAGGGGCCGCAGCGCUGGGGACCCCAGAGAGACGUAAGGGCAGCCUGGCUGACGUGGUGGACACACUAAAACAGAGGAAGAUGGAGGAGCUCAUCAAAAACGAACCAGAAGAAGCCCCCAGCAUUGAGAGGCUGUUGUCUAAGGACUGGAAGGACAAGCUGUUGGCCAUGGGAUCAGGACAUUUUGGAGAAAUCAAAGGUACCUCAGAAAGCCUGGCAGAGAAGGAGCGCCAGCUGAUGGGCAUGAUCAGCCAGCUGAGCAGCCUGAGGGAGCAGCUCCUGGCGGCCCAGGAUGAGCAGAAGAAAGUGGCCGCCUCGCAGAUGGAGAAGCAGCGGCAGCAGAUGGAGCUGGCCAAGCAACAACAGGACCAGAUUGCUCGGCAACAGCAGCAGCUUCUGCAGCAGCAACACAAAAUCAACCUCCUGCAGCAACAGAUCCAGCAGGUCCAGGGGCAGCUGCCUCCGUUGAUGAUCCCAGUGUUCCCUCCAGACCAGAGGACUCUGGCUGUAGCUGCUGCCCAGCAAGGCUUCCUGCUGCCCCCCGGAUUCAACUACAAACCAGGCUGCAGUGACCCUUACCCUCUCCAGCUGGUACCUACUACCAUGGCAGCAGCUGCUGCCGCGGCAACGCCAGGCCUCGGUCAACUACAGCUCCAGCAGCUGUAUGCAGCUCAACUGGCAGCAAUGCAGGUGUCUCCAGGGGCCAAACACAGCAGUAUGUCCCAGACCAACCUGAACACCCACUCUCCCACCAACACUCACCAUGAGAAGAGCCGCAGCACCCCGCCGCCCAAACCCAAGGACGAGGGUGCUCAGCCCCUGAACCUGUCGUCCAAGCCUAAGACAGCAAGCGAGAGCAAGUCACCCACCUCCCCCGCUUCCCCACAGGUCCCCACCAUGAAGCUGGGUCACCAUGGCACCGGGUCCAUGAAACACAGCACAGCCCCCUCCAGCGUCGGAGGACCACCGUCCAGAGUCAGCUCCAUAGACCUGCUGUCAUCCCUGUCCUCGGGGGGCUAUCUGAACGACCACGAGGCUGUGACCAAGGCCUUCGCUGAGGCCAGACAGAUGAAGGAGCAGCUGAAGAGAGAACAGCAGGUGUUGGACGCCAAGGUGGCCGCCGUCAACAACCUCAGCCUGAACAACGGACGCUCCGACAAGGAGAAGGCAGCUCUGGAGAGUCUGAGCCACCAGCUGAAGCAGCAGACAGAGGACAGAGAGAAGUUCAACCACACCAUGAUGGACUUCACCAUGAGUGGAGACUCAGAUGGCAGCCCCAGUGUGUCUGAUUCCAGGAUGUUCCGUGAGGCCCGGGGCCGAGGCAACAGCGAACCACACAUUAAACGACCCAUGAAUGCUUUCAUGGUCUGGGCAAAGGAUGAGAGGAGGAAGAUUCUCCAGGCUUUCCCCGACAUGCACAACUCCAACAUCAGCAAAAUCCUCGGUUCUCGUUGGAAGUCCAUGACUAACCUUGAGAAGCAGCCGUACUACGAGGAGCAGGCCAGGCUGAGCAAGCAGCACCUGGAGAAGUACCCGGACUACAAGUACAAACCCCGGCCCAAACGGACCUGUCUGGUGGACGGGAAGAAGCUGAGGAUUGGAGAGUACAAGGCCAUUAUGAGGAACCGCCGGCAGGAGAUGAGACAGUACUUCACUGUGGGACAACAGGCCCAGCUGCCCUUGUCCUCGGCGGGCGUGGUGUACCCAGGUGCCCUUUCCUUGGCAGGCUUGCCCUCCCCCCAGAUGCCCUCGGAGCACUCCUCACUGUCCAGCAGCCCCGAGCACGCCGCCCCACCCCUCCAGACCCCCUACCACCCCAGCCUCAAGGGAGACGAGACCCGAGUCAAACAGGAGGAGCUGCGAUUGGACGACAGCAAUGGUGAUGCGUACGACGACUUUGAUUAUGAGGAUGAGGAGGGAGAUUAUGGAAGCGAUAACGACAACCACCAAUAAUCGGGACGCAGAGCCAAUCAGAAUCAAUUACCCAGCUUCUUGCUGGAAACAACCCUGUCCAUCCACCAAUCCUGAUUGACUAUCCGUCCCUUAUAUCCAAUCACAUCCAAUGUCACAAACCUCGCCCUCCUUUACCCCUUAACCAACAAGAACUCUGGAACCUCAGAGCCAAGCCCCUCCCAUUGGAAUCCCGAUACCAGCAACCGACCAAUCAAAUCAAGCACAGGACCUGUCACUCACACUGACUGUUACACAGACUGGAGUCUAGGAGGAGAUAAACUGAUUGCCGUGACUUCUGCUGAGUACUACACAGUACUACAGGGUACUAACAAAGUACUACAAGGUAUACUAGAGUAUUACUGCUGUGUACGCCAGAGGCAAGAUGAGAUAUACAUUAUGUCAUGAGUAAGCUACUAUAUGAGGAGAAAACACAGAAAAAACAACCUUUUAGACCAGUUUGAUUUCAAAGAGACAUUUUUUUAAAACAGCAGGCCUGUCAGUUGAUUAAAGAGACACUUUAAAAUGGCCGACCUGUUUGUUUAUAAAAGAGACACUUUUAAAACAGCUUUUUUUUUUCUUGGUUCUAUGAUGUUCUCACUCAGGUACACGGUGCCAACAAGUGGCUUGUGAAUGUGAUUUGUUGUUUUUGUGCUACAGUUUUAAUAAUAGAUACAAAAUAGAAAUGUUUCCCUUUUCAUUGUAAAGCACCUGACAGAAGUCAAAGCAAAACUUUUAUUUAGAAUUCUUCUUCUUUCUUCAAAUCAGUGUACUGUCAGCAGAUAUCCUCCCUCUGUGUGUGUGUGUGACUCCCCUUAUGAGAGUAAAAAUGGGACAGUCCAGUCAGGGCCACAGUGUUGGACAGUGAGGACCGGCUCACUUCAGGGGACUGUGGGGGGGACCUUAGUCUCUCAUCAUGGGCCAGCUUGGACAGUACAGUGUGAUGAGACAAUCUCCCACCAUCCCUCUUCUCUCCUUUUACACUCGUUCUUUUACCCUUUCUUUGGCUUUCUUUUAUUCUGAUCAUGAGGACUUUGGAAGGUACAAAGAAAGGUUUCUUUUAGAUAUGAAACACCCCCUUGUAUGUGUGUGAGAGUGUGUGUCAGCAAGCUCGCUGUGCGUGUGUGUGUGUGUGUUUAGUCUGUGUGAGCUGGUUUAGUCAUCACUAGGCAUUAGAUCCCAGAACUCUGUCCCUUUCCAAGACAAACAGAAACACUGGAGUUUCCCUUGUGAGCCCCCAGAACUUCAGUAUCCUGGUAUACAGAGACAGAGAAAGCCCUAUGGCUCUCUCAUACACUCACACACACACACAUACCCAAGCCCCAGUUCCCCAAUCGAAACCCCGCAACAACUCUACUCCGCUGCCAACUGAUCCAGCCAGCACCACAAGCGAACAGCUCUUACCCACAACCCAAACCCUCUCAUAAUACUCCCAAUUGAUAUAUCACACAAAGUUUGUGUGUAUUUUGUUCUAGAAGUUUGGUGGGUUCCUGUGGGCUCCUACUGGUAGUUUAGUUUGACAAAAGCACAAGAGUCUCUGCUGUCUGUCCCCGUUCCGUCCCUCUCUCUGAGAGUCCCCCUCUAUGUCCCCCUGUGUCUGACUCUGUCCCCGUCCGCGUCCCCAAAACACGUCAUUCUGCUGUUCUUAUUGGGAGGAGCUGAUGGUCAUAUCAGCACGUCAAUGUUUCCUUUGUAUUUCAAUACUGUAUUUUAUUAUUUUUAUUCAAACUGCCUCUAGUGUAAUAAUAUUAUUAACAAUAAUUAUAAUGAUGGUCAGCGUUUCUUUCAAUUUGAGUAAGUUAUGUACAGUAUAAUUUAUUUUGGCCUCUUAUUGGGUUUAUUAUGACCAAUAUGAAACUUCUUCGGUCAAUGAAGCAUUAUUAUAUUUAGCUGGUUUAGAGUAUUUACAUCUAAUGUUGUCCUUUUAUUUGAUACUUUAUUUGUAAUUUUGCAUUUUUUAGUUCCUGUUUUUAUCUGUUCUGUUUGUUUAGUACUAAUCCUAUAUGGACGCUGGGUGAGGAGGAGGAGCGACACGGACGACAGCCAAUGGACGGCUGUCGCUCUUCGUGAAGGAGACUGGACUUUCUAUUCACUAACUCUCUCCCCAUCCGCGUCCCUCAGCUUGACAACGUAACCCUUUUAUGUCCAAACCCACUUCUAAAAGCACUCAGACACUCUGUGUGGUCAGAGAAAAGAAGGUGAUUUUUUGGUUUCUUCGUAAUGGUUCAUGUAUAAUGUGAAGUUUCUUGGACUUUCUUUCUUUUUAUGAAGAUAAAAGAAAACGGUUACAUUAUUCUAUUCUGUUUCCUCUGAACAAAGGAGCGAGACUCCCGUUUACUAGGGUUGCUAUUUACACUGAGAUGCCGUGGAACAUCGUUGAGGCUGGCGGACACAGAGACACACAGACACAGCAGACACACACAAAUUAUUAGCAGACACAGUUGUGCAAAUGUCAUUUAAAAAAAAUCAAAUUAGGACAUGAUCAGAACACACACACACACACACACACACACACACACACACACACACACAUUUGCGACCCAUAGGAAAAUCAGUGUUUACUUUGCCUAUUCCACAAUGUUCUACAGCAUAACCUGACAUUCAGUAAGUAAUGACCUGUCAUAUCUAUGUGACUCCAGAACUCUGGGGACUUUACUUUGUUUUAGCUCCACACUAUGACCUAGCCAUUAGCCAUGUCCACUCACUCUACAGGUGUGCUGCCAGAUAGUGACCCAGCCCAGUCAUGCUUGCUGCAGAUGUUUACUCUGACACAAUCAAUCACAACCAUGCCUAUUGCCAGAUAGUGAGCCUCACAGUCAAUCAUACGUGGCCAUACAGACAACCUCACAAUCAGGCCACGGUGAGACCUAACGCUGGAGAAAGGGUGUCCUGUAUUCUGGCUGGAAGCUGUAGGUUAGACAAGUAGGCUAGACAGUGUGGGGAAAAGGAGGGGGUUACAAGUUACAAUCAUCCCAGCUUGCUAGGUCUGCCACAUACUGAGGUAUUAUACUGUACUUAGGGCCAGGAGUUUUGUGACCUGACCAUGUGACCUGACCAGGACAAACAUUGAGCUCUAGUUAUACUAAUGAAUAGAGUCCAACGUUUUUCAUGAGCAGGGUGACAGGAUGUUAGGCCCUGGUGAUGUUGGCCGACACAGGUGACCAUGAUCGCGAUGAAGAUGAUGAUGAUAAUAAUGAAGACAAUCAAAUGUCACGAGUGGAGCUCAAAACAAAGUCAGAGUUAGUCAAAAAAAAAAGAAAAACACAUAUCUGACCAUCUCAACUUGACAAAUGGAGAAAGAUAAUUAUGUACAUAUAACAUAGAGUUAUAGAUUUAUAUUUUGUUCAUAACACAGUGUAAUAUAAGUUGUAUAUUUCUUUUUCUCUUUUAUUGAUGUUAUUCAUGCUACAAUAAAAGCAGGAGUUGAUGUACUCUUACAAAAAAAAGAAGAAAAAUGACAAAUAAACAAAGGAAAGAACAAAAAAAGAGAGGCUGUGGGCUUGCCAUGCACCGUCUGUUCUGAGUUCACUUUUUCCACUAUUAUUGCCAGUCGAGGCUUUAAUAAAAACAGCGAUGUGUUCUGUAAUG